UUGGAUCUGAGUCAACAAGGAAGUGAAUCGCGGGCCGGUUUGCUCUAUAAAAGCCUGGAGACCGCAGGAGGAUCACAACACACUCUCUCUGCCUUCAACCAGUGAUAUAUAGGUCCAGGACUCGCAUCAAGCAGCGCUCUAAAGCAGCAGACAAAGGUUAACCAUGUCUGUCACAAACCAGGUGUGGCACACGGAGAUGAGCGCCUCAGUGGAAGCUCCGGCCGGGACGUCAGUGGAAAGCCCGGACAAGGAUUCCAUGGAAGGGCUGGAAUGCACCAUCUGCUUUUCCGCCUAUGACAACAUCUUCAAGACCCCCAAGCUGCUGGAAUGCCAGCACACGUUUUGCUUGGAGUGCCUCUCCAGGCUUAUGGCAUCCAUGCCAACUGAAGAGUCCGCCGAUAUCGUCUGCCCUCUUUGCAGGCAGCACACGGUGGUGCCCGAUCACGGGACCCCCGCCCUCCGGACGAGUCAAGACCUGCUCGCCAAACUCCCCCCUCAGCUACAGCUCGAGGAGCCGGUUUGGGCGGAGGGCAAGAAGCUGUGUCACAAGAGCUCUGAUGCAUUGGGCACCACUGACCUUUGCAUCUGUAUUGACAUUGGUGAAGGCAAGCAAGAGAACCCGUCUCCUGAAAGCAACAGUGAAGGAAGCAACUGCUUCUCCUUCCUUGGUGAAUGGAAGAGACUGGUCCUGUUCAUAGUGGUGUUGAUCAUGUUUGUUGGCAUCGUGUUGUGGCCAAUCCAGUGUAUGGUCAUCACCAAAAACCUCAGCUGUGCCCCUAUUGCCCCAGCCCCAACAGUAGGCCCAACAACCACACCUGUUCCAUUCACCAGACCGUAUUGAGCCAGCGUCGGCAAGUCAGACGGGAGGAAGAAAUCUUGGCGCUGUCAACCAUUUGGAAGGUUUUCACUUCUUCAAACUUGGAGUGUUUCCAAACAAAGACCAAAGUUGUUCUGCAACAUGGGGAGUUUGUUUUAAAACUUCCUGCAGAGAGACACUAGUGACUUUAACAGCACAUGAACACUGAGAUUUGUAUGUGCAGAAAUCCAGUGAGACAAAAAUUGUACUGAAUCACAGGCGAUCCUUGUGGGCUGAUGAGACAACAGCUGGUUUGAUGUUAUUUCUGUUCCCACAAGUUGACUGGAAUCAGUUUGCUUCUGUCUGCACUAACCUGUGUAUGUUUUUUUGAGAACUUGAUCAAUCCAGAGAACUUUGAAAAUCUAUCAAUUACAGUUAAUGAAUAUUUUCUCUUUGACAGAGUUUUGUAAGCAAGUUAUUUGAAAAAUAUGUAAAUCUUUGUAUUUACAGAAGAAAGCUCCUUUCAAUAGUGUGAGGGUUUAGAAAUCUUAUAGAAUUACAUAAUGUUACCUCAGCACAAAAUGCUAUAAUGUGAAAAAUGAGUAACUGUUGGCAAUAUUUAAAACAAAUAUCAUGGUCUUCUGGAAGAUUGUGUGAAGGGGAGUGAGGGAAGGAAUAUAGAAACUGAAAAUAGGUGCAGGAGUAGGCCAUUCGGCCCUUCCAGCCGUUUCACAUUUCAGUAUCAUCAUGGCUGAUCAUCCAAAAUCAGUACCCCACUCUAGCUUUAUCCCCAUAUCCCUUAGCCCCCAAGGGCCUGUCACACUGUACAAGGUAAUUCAAGAGUUCUCCCGAGUUUCCCCUGAUUCGAACUCGGAGAAUUACGGUAAUAGCUGUUCGAAGGUACUCGGGGCUCUCAUGGACAUUUUUCUGAAAAAACUUCACGAGUUACCGCAUUUCCCGAGUACCUGUUGUCAGCAUUACGAGCCGCUACGGGACAUCCGCGAGCUCCGACGUAGACGCUACGUACUUACCACGAGUUAAUUUUUUUGUAAACUCGGGAAAGCUCUUGAAUUACCUCGUACAGUGGGACAGGCCCUUAAGAGCAAAAUCUAACUCUCGCUUGAAACCAUUCAGUGAAUUGGCCUCCACUGCCUUCUGUGGCCGAGAGUUGUACAGAGUGCUUGCUCCUUGUCACACUUCUCCCUAAUUCCUCUCUGAGAAUUGGAAAUCGACAUUUUAUAAAAGGCUGUCACACAUUUUCCUGCCAUACAUAUGACCUGCAAUAAGCACACUGUCAUUUACCAGGCAUAAUAAUAAAUGUUUUGCACUGUAACUUGGUUAGAGGUUUGCCAAUCUCCACUCCUCCCAAACUGUAACCUUCAAGAUUUGCAAGUUUAAAUUUGGCAGGAACUGCAGAUGCUAGAUUACAAAAGAAGGCACAAAGUGCUGGAGCAACUCAGCAUGUCAAGUAGCGUCUAUGGAGAACAUGGAUCGGUGACGUUUCGGGAUGGGACCUACCUGUAACAUCCCGGCUCAAAACGUCGCCUAUUAAAUCUAGAUUCCUCAGAUUAGUUUUUAAUCUGCAGCUGACCAGCCUUUUCAUUUUCACCAAAACAUCUAUCUGCUAAUGAAUUUCCUAUUACACAUAAAGCUGCUGUUCACCUUUACACAUAACACAGUUCCCAAUGAGUUGAGUGGAGACUCCAAAUUUUGUAGCAUGUCAAACCCCAGCCAAUACAUUUUAAGCACUAUCUCUUGGACUGCCAAUGCCAAAUUGUGUGUUAAUGGGAUGUUUGACUGUGAAUGAUAAGAAUAUCUAGACCAUGAUAAACAGAUUGGAGUUAACUAUACAGUUGUGCAAUGAUAUACCUUGAGGUUUGUAUCAAGGAGAAGUCCCAUUAACAACAGCCUUAAGUAUGUGAAAUUUACUCUCGCUGUUGUGAACUCAGGAAAUUAAUGCAAAAAGCAAUACUCCAACCUUCAACUGAACUGUCUUUAUGAUUGUUCUUGUUACUGUCAAGGAUUUAUUUUUCAUAUGUGGCCUAGUCUCUUGAUAUGAGAAAUGUGUAGAUACAAAUAAUUUAUAAUAAACUUUAAAAAAAAUA